AUGGCUCCUGCCAAGAAGAAGGAGCCGCGUGCUCCCGCCAAGGAGCUGGGACCCGGCAUCUCAGCCCAGGGCAGGAGCAAGACAUACAAGAGGCGAGGACUGUGGGCCAUUAAGAAGAAGAACGGUGGCAAAUUCCCUGUGCACGAGAAGCAGGCGAAGGCUGCAGAGCCAGAGGGCAAGGCACCCCGAUUCUACCCCGCAGACGAUGUGAAGAAGCCUCUCAAGAGAAGGCAUGUGCAGAAGCCCACAAAGCUCCGCAGCAGCAUCACCCCUGGCACUGUGCUCAUCCUGCUGGCUGGUCGCUUCAAGGGUAAGCGUGUGGUGUUCCUGGGACAGCUGCCCUCCGGCCUCUUGCUGGUCACCGGACCCUUCAAGGUCAACGGGGUGCCUCUGAAGAGGGUGAACCAGGCCUAUGUGAUUGCCACCUCGACCAAGGUGGACUCCAAGGCUGUGGACAUCAGCAAGAUUGACGACGCCUACUUCAAGGCGACCGAGGAGCCCAAGAAGAAGAAGGGCGAGGAUGAGUUCUUCAAGGCCGACGCCGAGGAGGAGAAGAAGCUGAGCAAGGAGUACAUCGCCAGGCAAAAGGAGGUGGACACAGUGCUGCUGAAGGCGUUGACACCAGAGCUCAAGGGCUACCUCGGCUCUAGGUUCACACUCAAGGCUCACGACAGGCCGCACCUCCUCAAGUUCUGA